UCUUUAGCUCCAAGGAAAAUAAGGAUCCAGUCCAUCCUUUCUCCUAGAGGAAAUAUGGAGCCAUUGAUUUUAAAGUAAGGGAAUUGACAUGCUUAUUUGUGUAUCUAUAUAUGGAGGGAAGAGGAUGAGGGCAGAAAGAUCAAUCAGUCUGUUGCAUAGUCCAGGUGAAAGUUGAAUAUCUGGAUUAAGAGAGAUUAUGUGUACAUGUGUAUGGGACCAGUUUGAGAAGUUUUGUCACUGAUUGGAUACAGAAAUCAAGAAAGGAUAACAUAAAGGUUUCAAAGCUAGGUAAUUGACAGGUUGGUGGUGACAUCAGUAGAAAGCAAAUUUGGAGGAAGAUUGUGUUUAGAGGGAAAUAUAGUAAAUUAAUUUGGGGCAUAUUUAUUUGUGGUGCUAACUAAAAGUCUAGAUAGACAAAGGAAUGGUGGUCUAGCAAAGGAAACCGAAUGAGAGUUGUAAAGUAGAAGGACAAUGAUCCAGUAGCUAAAGAAGGAUAGAAUAUUCAUAAAGAAAUAGAAAAGUCAAUAAACACAGAGAAGGUAAAACAGAUGAGGACUGAGAAGAGGUUAUUGAGAGAUCAUUUGUAAUCUCAAAGAGAAGUAUGUCCACUGAGGUCAGAAGAUAGACUACAAGGAAUUGAGAAGUGAUAUUUAUGAAAUGAAUGUAGACAGUUCUUUUUACAAAUUUGAUUCACUGUGAAAGGGAGUAGAGAUAUAGAAUGGUAGUUUGAGGAUAAAGGUUUUUAAAAACAGGUAGACCAGAAAAAUUUUAUUAUCUGUCAGUGAAACAACUAUUUGGUAAAGAGAUAAUGAAAUUGAAAGAAUCAAAAAAUGAUGAAAGGAUAUAGAAAAUAAUCUUAGUGAAACUGGGAUUACCUAGCCUAAAUUUUAAAAUACUAACAAGAUGAUAAAUAUAUAUUUUUUAAAAAUUUGAAAUGACUAGAUUAAAAUAUAAAUAUCACUACUAAUAUUAAUGGACAUUUAUGUAGCAUUUCAAAAUUGUAAAGUGUUUUACAUACAUUAUUUCAUUUGGCCUUGAAUGACCUUAUGAGCUAAGUAAGUACAAAUUGGUUCUCUAUCUCUGAGGAGAAAACAAGAAAAAAUCAACUUCAGGGGCAACAUGAAAGAAUAAAAUUAGUUAGAAAAUGGAAUGGGUCAGUGAACGUCCUUGAAUACUAGAAUGUUUUAGCAAGGUUGGUCAUACAGAGAAAUAAUUAUUCUAUAGCAUCCCCCCCCAAAAAAAAAAUAAAAUAAAACUGAUAGUAUCUGGAAGAUAAUUCAUCUAUCUAAAGGCAGAAGAAUGAAGUAGAUGAUAUCUCAAUUUUCCUUCAAAGCCUCUAUUUCCCACAUUUCAGAAUAAGAGAACCAUACUGUAGGGUGAAAUCAAUUCCUUUUAUAAUUUAAAUUAAGAAUACAUAUUUUUCCAAACGUUAUCCAACAGAUAAAAAUCUUACUGUGUUUCAGCUACUAUAAGAUAAAAAGUCAAAUUGGUGAUUAUGGUAUUUUCUGAGUUUGGCUACUUUUCUCAAAAGCUUAAUUUUAUUUUAUUGUAUUUUUUAAAAUAACUUUUUAUUGACAGAACCCAUGCCAGGGUAAUUUUUUACAGCAUUAUCCCUUGCACUCACUUCUGUUCCAGUUUUUCCCCUCUCUCCCUCCACCCCUCCCCCAGAUGGCAAGCAGUCCUUUACAUGUUAAAUAGGUUACAGUAUAUCCUAGAUACAAUAUAUGUGUGCAGAACCGAAUAGUUUUCUUGUUGCACAGGGAGAAUUGGAUUCCAAAGGUAUAAAUAACCCGAGAAGAAAAACAAAAAUGCAAACAGUUUAUAUUCAUUUCCCAGUGUUCUUUCUUUGGGUGUAGCUGCUUCUGUCCAUCCUUGAUCAAUUGAAACUGAAUUAGAAAGCUUAAUUUUAUUAACUGAUGAGUUUAAUAUUUAAUUUAUGUCUCUUUACCUCUUUCAUUUUCCUAUGCCUUCUCUCUGUGUGAGAGCUUCUGUGUAGGAAUGAAAAUAAGUAACAUCCGAAGCUAAUAUGUCUCAAAUGUUGCACCUGAACCCAAAUCUCCAAGGUGCCUGUGUCAGUGGCCAUGAUGACUCCCCAGGUGAUCACCCCUCAGCAAAUGCAGCAGAUUCUCCAGCAGCAAGUACUGUCUCCCCAGCAGCUCCAAGCACUUCUUCAGCAGCAGCAAGCAGUCAUGUUACAGCAGCAACAACUACAAGAGUUUUACAAGAAACAGCAAGAACAGUUACAUCUUCAGCUUUUGCAGCAGCAGCAGCAGCAGCAACAGCAGCAGCAACAGCAACAGCAGCAGCAACAGCAACAGCAGCAGCAGCAGCAACAGCAGCAACAGCAGCAGCAGCAGCAGCAGCAACAGCAGCAGCAGCAUCCCGGAAAGCAAGCAAAAGAACAGCAGCAACAGCAGCAGUUGGCAGCACAGCAGCUUGUCUUCCAGCAACAGCUCCUCCAGAUGCAACAGCUCCAGCAGCAGCAGCAUCUGCUGAAUCUCCAGCGUCAGGGACUCAUUUCUAUCCCACCUGGCCAAUCUGCUCUUCCUGUCCAGUCUCUGCCACAAGCUGGCUUAAGUCCUGCUGAGAUUCAGCAGUUAUGGAAAGAAGUGACUGGAGUUCACAGUAUGGAAGACAAUGGCAUUAAACAUGGAGGGCUAGACCUCACUACUAACAAUUCCUCCUCUACUACCUCCUCCACCACUUCCAAAGCAUCACCACCAAUAACUCAUCAUUCUAUAGUGAAUGGACAGUCUUCAGUUCUAAAUGCAAGGCGAGACAGCUCAUCACAUGAGGAGACUGGAGCCUCUCAUACGCUCUAUGGCCAUGGAGUUUGCAAAUGGCCGGGCUGUGAAAGCAUUUGUGAAGAUUUUGGACAGUUUUUAAAGCACCUUAACAAUGAACAUGCUUUGGAUGACAGAAGUACUGCUCAGUGUCGGGUGCAAAUGCAGGUUGUGCAACAAUUAGAAAUACAGCUUUCUAAAGAACGUGAACGUCUUCAAGCAAUGAUGACCCACUUGCACAUGCGACCCUCCGAGCCCAAACCAUCUCCAAAACCUCUAAAUCUGGUGUCUAGUGUCACCAUGUCGAAGAACAUGUUGGAGACAUCCCCACAGAGCUUACCUCAAACCCCUACCACACCAACGGCCCCAGUCACCCCGAUUACCCAGGGACCCUCAGUAAUCACCCCAGCCAGUGUGCCCAAUGUGGGAGCCAUACGAAGGCGACAUUCAGACAAAUACAACAUUCCCAUGUCAUCAGAAAUUGCCCCCAACUAUGAGUUUUAUAAAAAUGCAGAUGUCAGACCUCCAUUUACUUAUGCAACUCUCAUAAGGCAGGCUAUCAUGGAAUCAUCUGACAGGCAGUUAACACUUAAUGAAAUUUACAGCUGGUUUACACGGACAUUUGCUUACUUCAGGCGUAAUGCAGCAACUUGGAAGAAUGCAGUACGUCAUAAUCUUAGCCUACACAAGUGUUUUGUUCGAGUAGAAAACGUGAAAGGAGCAGUAUGGACAGUGGAUGAAGUAGAGUACCAGAAGAGAAGGUCACAAAAGAUAACAGGAAGUCCAACAUUAGUGAAAAACAUACCUACCAGUUUAGGCUAUGGAGCAGCUCUUAAUGCAAGUUUGCAGGCUGCCCUAGCAGAGAGUAGUUUACCUUUGCUUAGUAACCCAGGACUGAUAAAUAACGCAUCCAGUGGUUUACUGCAGGCAGUCCAUGAAGACCUCAAUGGUUCAUUGGAUCACAUUGACAGUAAUGGAAAUAGCACUCCCGGUUGCUCUCCCCAGCCUCACAUACACUCAAUCCAUGUCAAGGAAGAGCCAGUGAUUGCAGAGGAUGAAGACUGCCCAAUGUCCUUAGUGACAACAGCAAAUCACAGUCCAGAAUUAGAAGAUGAUAGAGAGAUUGAAGAAGAGCCUUUAUCUGAAGAUCUGGAAUGAAUAAAGACUUGAGAAACCUCAGAAUGAAGGGACAUAUCACUGACCUUCAUAACCACUCCACAACCAUGAAUAUUUGACAAAUUUUUACUGUGACUAUUUAUUAAGCAUGGAUAAAGGAGACAGCCCUAAAGGAACUUAUUAAGCCAGCCCUUUGGGAUCCAGUAACAAACAGGCAAAUUGCUUGUUUUCUUCUUCUUCUUCUUCUUCCUUUUUUUUUUUUUUUUUAGAAAAAAGACAAAAACUGAUUUUCUUGAAAAAAAAAAAUGAACUGUUCUUUCUAUAAUGGCUUUGCCCAUUUAAAAAAUGUGGCUAUUAAGGGUUCAUGAAAUGACUGAAUAUGAGGAUACAUGUUCUGUAGAAAGCAAAUGCGCCUCAUAUACUGCCAAAAAUAGUGUUAGUUUCAUUAAUGUGAAUUUUCCAGCAUACAGUAGUUGUAAUGUUAGAAACAAUUGCUGGUCAAGUUCAACUUGUUGCUAUUGUUUUUAAUUUGCACAGGAGUAGUAUCAGAAAUUAGUGUCACUGCUUGUAUCUAGCUGAAUUUUAAACAACAGAACAUUAGUUUUUUAUGUUGGUGCCACCAACUGUAAAUGACAUGAGUUAGUUAUUACAAACCACAGUAAUUAGACUGUUGCAACCAUCUAAAAACCUUAGGCUUCCAGUCUGUGCGGUUAGUGUUCAGAUGUAAAGUGCAAUCCUAAGCUAACAUUGUCCGUGCAAGCACCAUAGAAACAUUUGCAUAUCUGCAUAUUAUCUUACAACUGUACUCUCUUACCUCCUUGUGAUAAAGCUUUGUCUACCUGCAAACACAGUCAAAGGCUACAGCUGCAAACCAAAGCCAACUCUAACAAUGGCCAAUAGCUCCACGACAGAAGCAGCCACAUGCUUUGGUCAGCCUUCUGUAACUUUAAUUAGUACAAAGGAACCUUUCCAUGAACUACCUGCUGUUUUCUGAUGACCUCUGGGAUCUUUUCAUUUAGCCCUAUACAAAGAAACAAAUAUGACACAACAAAACAAAACAAAACAAGUCAAUCCAGUCACAGUCUAAUCUUCUGAGGCCAAAAGUCCAUCUAAAUGCAAUGAAGAUUUGCUUUCAUUUAAGACAGAGGUGAGAACAAAGUCUGCAGUGGAAGUUAUGAUAGAAAGCAACAAAAUGUGGAUCACUGACCAAAAUGAUUAUGUACUUGAUGCAAAUGCAGAUUGCAUAUUGUUAUAUAUAAUACAUUGUGUUUCUUCCCUUCUUCCUUCCCCUCCCAACCUCCCCCGGUCCUCUUUCAGUCAGUUAUUUUCUGUGGUGAAUACAUGUUGUUAGAAGAUGUCUUGUAUGGUCUUAAUCUUUGUUGUGUACUAUUUUUUAUAGUCUUAAGUUAUAAUGAAAAAAAAAAAAGUAGGAACCAAACAUAAAAGGUCUAGUAAAGCCAAAAAUUAAUUUCAUAUUGAUUUUAAAGUGAUCUAGCUGAGUUUUUACACUGAAAGCAAAGAUUAUAGCAAUUGUAGUCCAUGGUAUUUAUUUUCAGUCAAACCAAAGUUACAUAUAAUUCUGCCUCUGCUUAUACGGGAUAUUAACACUAACAAUACACUCCCUUCAGAAGACUUGCACAGGCCAAAUUGUUGGAAUGCUGGUUUUCUUGACAACUCCAAACCCAAAAAAAAUAUGAUAAUGCGUUAUGGUGUAGUUGAAAAUAGCAUAGUCAGAUGUUUGCUUAAAACCUAGAAACUUUACGUGUUGCUUUUCAUGUGCUGUGCCAAGUCUUGAUAAUACUUUCUCCCCCAACCAAGGGACCUCAUAACCUGAUUAUGGUUAUUGCUUUACAAACAGUUUUUGACAGAAGGUGGCUGCUAGAGCUUAACAUAUGUACCAGUUCCAUGUGAUGGGGCCGGUUCUUGCAAACUAAGCUCAUCAUUUAUUCUUUGCUGGAGUCAGCAAAUAGACUUAAAGAGAUACACAGUCAUCUAUCACGCCAAAUAAAAGGACAUAACGGCUUUCAAAAGGGUUUUCCCACUUACCCAAAAGGCUUUCUGAAAGCUUCUACCUCUGCAAAAAAAAAAAAGAAAAAAAAGGAAAAAAAAAGAAAAAGAAAAAAAAGAAAUUAGAACAAUUAUGGCAGAUUGCAUGAAAUGUGAGAACGUCACAGUAACUGCUACUUUUCAUUAUGUUUGUCUUUGGGUCAUGAUCAACAAAAGGGUUACAGUUUCAAAAGAGAGAUUGAGAUUGUAAAAAAAAAAAAAAGAAAAAAAAAAAAAAGAUGGUUUUCAGGCAUCUAGAAGUCUAAUGUAAGGAUUAUAUGAAAAAGAAAAUGGGUCUCUCCAGUACACGUUGACAAGAUAAUGACGGACUGGAUGAAGGUAAACGUGGUAACUGUCCCAUCAAGAAGGUGGCCUAAGACUACAAUGCUAAAGUAUGCAUACCUCAGUUACAAAACUUUUGAAAGGAAGUCUCAGCCACAGAAUGCAUAUACCUGUAGAGUUUUGCAUGGGUUUUAUAUAAAUACAAUUUAAAAGAAAAUAGCUGCUUGCACAUUAUACCAGAAAAACCUCCAAAACUGCAAUUGCUUUGAAAAUAGAUUUUAGGUUUUUUGGAGUUUUCUGAGAUGCUUGGUCUGUAUUUUGAUAAUUGUGCAUAUUAUGUAAAAAUGUUGGUGGACCCAUAAAUGACCAGACUUUUUCUAAGAAAAAUGUUGCUUUAAUGCAUUUCAUGAAUUUUUAAUCUUAUAUCAUUGCUUGCUAGUAAUAGCAAAUCUGCUUUUCUGCAUCUGCUUUGCGUAGCUAUUGUAAGGCUUUGAACUAAUGUAUGUAUUUAUUGCUUGAACUUCUGUGCAUACCUUAUAAAGCAUAAUGUCUGACAAUUUAAAUGGCUCAUGUAUUCUUGCUUCUAUCAUAAGCUGAUGAUGGGGACUAUGAUCUUUUGUAUACAGCAAAUUUUAACUGUAGCACAAACAUCUGUUUAUGUAUUGGUGAAAUAUACCUGUUUUAUUUAUCUUUUUGAGGUAAACUAAUUUUUGAUACUUUUCAUUACUGUGUACUAUGUUCAUACCUUGAAUUCUCUGACGUUAGAAGUCAUGGUUGAGAAUUGUAACAGCUGUUAUAUCCGUUCUGUAUUCAUGGCUUUCACUGCUGAAUAAAAUAAAGGACCAAACCUAGGAUUUGAAAGAAAACUGUCUACCUCUAACACCAGGGAGUUAUCAGAUUUUAUUUUACAUAGUUUUAGUCUACAAAGACACAAUUGCUUAAACCUAGUGGGCUUAAGGCUUAUAUUCUGUGUGGUUGGAUUCAUGGCGCAAUUGUACUGUUUGAAAAUCAAUUAAAAUUUCAUGUGAAUGUUACAAGUAUUUGGUAGAAUUACCACUAACUGGGUUUUCGGUUGAUAACUCAGAUAUGGAGACACUAUCAUCAGCAUUCUGUGUCUACAGCUGCUUAACUUCAUAAGAAUGCAUUUCUCUUUGUGAUUAGGGACUCAAGAACAGUCAGAAUAGAGCUACAGAACUACACUUUAAAAUAAACCAUCCUGGACUUUAAUGUCCCUUGGCAGAUUCAGUCACAAAAUCCAACAGUCUGUUUUCUAAAGUUCCUCCAGUCAUCCGACAUUCACAUUUUGGAGAAUUUAUUUUAGGCUUUAGACCAUAUACACCGAUAUUAACAUGCAUUUGGACAUUCUAGGUUUCUAAAUACCAUAAAACUAUUAGGAGCAACAUGGUUUGCCCUUGUUAUUUCACUAGUUCAAGUCAGUGUGAAAGGUCUUUGUCCAUACAAUUUGGCAAAUCUUACUGAGCAAAAAGGAUGUACAUUUUACUAUAGAAUUAAUGUAUGAACAGUGUGUUACUGCUGUUGGUUGUAAAAAAUGUAUAUGAAACAUUUCAUUCAUUUGCUUACAUUUCUGAAGUAUAAAUAAAAAGUCUAAUUCUUUUUGACCCAUUUAUAACCCCUAGGAUUUUAUUCUUUCGAAGAACAUUCUUCCUCACCAAAAGCCCAAAUCAUAAAUUGGUGGAUAAAUGGCACACGAUUUGCUAAAGAUCCUUUCCUUGGGAUUUGGGGAUGCAUAAAGUUCAGUUUUAACCUGUGCUACUUUUCAAAUAUACUUCAUUAAAAGCUGCCCCAGAGCCCCAAAUUUGCCCUCCCUGUGUAAAGUUCCUGUGAAUUCGUUUUAAAUAGAAUGUGACAUUGCAAAUAUGGAAUCGUAAAAGUGCAAGUGUCUUUCUUACUCUUUUAAUCUCUCCUUUUCCCCUCCCAUUGUCAUUUUUCCUGCCCUUAAAUGUCAUAUUAUUCCAUGAUCCCUGACAAAAACAAACAUUCAUGCCUUUGUUGGGAAACUUCUAAGUUCAAAGGUACCUGAUAUCAAUGAAGGCAAGCAUAUAUGCCAAUGAGACCCAUAAGAUCUAUGCUAACAAUAAAAAAUACCAUAUGAGAUACAUGGUACCUCUACCUCCUCCUCCCCCACCCCCC